GCGCACCGGAUGUGACGUAACGGAAGUGCGCCGGUCGCAGGAGAGGACCCCGUGGCGAGCGCGUCCCCUUGGGUCCUUGAGCCUGAGCGGACAGCGUAACCAUGGCCUUGAGGCUCCUGACCCUGGCCCAGGCGUGCGCAUCUGCGAGCCGCCUUGUGGCUGGCGCCCAGCGCGUGGGACGAAUUCAUACCAGCGUACAGUGCAAGCUGCGGUAUGGGGCUUUGGCGAACUUUCUUGGUGACAAGGCAUCCAAAAAGCUGACAAACAAAAGCAAAGUGAUAACUGUAGAUGGCAACAUAUGUUCUGGGAAGGGCAAGGUUGCAAAAGCGAUAGCAGAAAGUCUAGGCCUGAAGCACUUUCCUGAAGCAGGGCUCCAGUAUGUAACAAGUGUCUCAGGAGAUGGAAAACCCCUGGAUGAGGAGCUCGCUGGCAAUUGUAGUUUGGAGAAGUUUUAUGAUAACCCCCAAAGCAAUGAUGGCAACAGCUACCGCCUGCAAUCCUGGCUGUACUGUAACCGCCUCCUGCAGUAUGCAGAUGCCCUGGAGCACCUGCUGAGCACAGGACAAGGUGUGGUCUUGGAGCGCUCCAUCUACAGCGACUUUGUCUUCCUGGAGGCCAUGUACAAGCAGGGCUACAUCCGGAAGCAGUGUGUGGACCACUACUAUGAGGUGAAGAAACUCACCAUCCGUGAGUACCUGCCUCCCCACGUGGUAGUCUACAUCGACAUGCCCGUGCCAGAGAUCCAGCAGCGAAUCCAGAAGAAGGGCGAUCCACAUGAGAUGAAGGUCACCUCUGCCUAUCUCCAGGACAUCGAGAAUGCCUAUAAGAAGACCUUCCUCCCCGAGAUGAGUGAGAAAUGUGAGGUCUUGAUAUACAGCACAAGGGACGUCCAAGAUGCAGAAAAGGUGGUGGAGGACAUUGAAUACCUCAAGUAUGACAAAGGACCCUGGCUGAAGCAGAAUGACCGCAGCCUGCACAAACUGCGGAUGCUGGUACAGGAUAAAUUGAAAGUGCUGAAUUUUACAACUAUCCCUGUCUAUCUCCCAGAAAUCACAGUCGGAGCUUUCCAGACUGACCGGCUCUUCCAAAAAUUCAGAGAGCUGCCAGGUCGCAGGUAUGCCCCUGGGUACAACGCCGAAGUGGGCGACAAGUGGAUCUGGCUGAAGUGAGCAGUGCCCUUCCUGCGAGCUGCAUCAUGUGUCUGCUCUGGGGCAGAUGACCUGGAAGUCACACAGCAUGAGAAACGGCCAGCAGAGGCAGUCUCCCCUGUGGAAGUGAAAUGGCGGGAAGCAGUUGGUAUUUAAAAAGUUUGGAGUCUAUUGGAGUCAUCUGGAGUCAUGGAGAAGAUGCGGCAGUGGGCGCAGGCUGGCCCUCUCAGCCCUGGUCAUACACUGUUCUUGUACUCCCAGAAUAAAGCAUUUUCCAUGGA